UCGUCGUUUUGGUCGCUUUUCGCCUGUCUUUGCUCUUUGCUUGUUCGGUGAAUUUCAAAAAUAACGCUUGUCGGAGAGGAUAUCUCUACCCCAUAGCCCCUUUUUCGAAACAAUGUUACGAAAACCCCGAUGUUUUGUCCGACGUUCCCACGAUGGUAAAAAGAAACGGGUAUAACAUAGAAACGUACGAGGUGCCAACUCAAGAUGGUUACAUUUUGACUUUAUUUUACAUUUUUGGAAAAAAUAAACCCUCUAAACCGAACCCGGUUUAUAUGCAGCAUGGUAUAAUUGUCAACACUGGGCACUACGUGGAUCUAGGGAGCCGCUCUUGUGCAUUUUAUUUCGUCGACAAGGGGUACCAAGUGUGGCUAGGAAAUGUCCGCGGGUCAGCUUAUUCCCGAAAACAUAAAAAUUUGACCACCCGUGAUCCACAGUUUUGGACUUACAAUUUGGAUAGCAUAGUUGAGUACGAUUUACCAGCUCUGAUUUCUUUCGUCUACAACAAGAGUGGUCACAAAGUACACUACGGCGGCGAUUCGUUUGGGACCACCGUCGGAGUGAUGUUGGCUGCGUCAAACAAGGAAGUUAGUUCAAUGCUUCAGUCGGUCGUUCUAUUAGGACCGGCUGUAUAUAUCCACAACCUCCAACCACUCAAGUAUUUUUACAGACCAGCCCUUAUAAUGACCGACAUGUUAAUCCUGUUCGGAGUGCGAGGACUUCUCUACCAAAAGUACCUACCAAUCCUUGCAGUCUACUAUUGUAAAAUGCUACCAGAACUAUGUCUCGAGUUUAUAAAAGUCACGACAGGCUCGAUCAAGUUGUUUCCACCUGAAAAUUUGCCCCUCUUUUUCAGCUAUUGGCCCGACGGGUUGUCCAUUUUCGAGUUGAAACACUAUUUACAACUAGGUAUAAGCAACAAGUUGCAAAAAUUUGACCACGGGGGUCACACCAAUUUAAAAAAAUAUGGAACUCGCGAUCCUCCGUUAUACAAUUUGAGUGCAAUUAGUGUGCCAGUGUGCAUAUUUUACGGAGAAAGUGACCAGUUAUACGACAAAGAGGACCUUGAGAGGACUUACAACGAAAUCGGGAGUAGUCAAAAGUGCAAAUAUGCCGUGUCGAACGACAAAAAUGUGUCUUACGGGCACCUCGAUUUUGGGUAUAGCGAGAGCGUUACUAAAGAUUUGUACGACGUAGUCUUGGACGUUUUGGAGAAAUUUGAGGCUUGA